GAGAAGAAAAAAACAUCGAGUGGAAGAAGAAGAAGAAGCGAAAGAAAACAAAAUAAGUUUGUUUAGUGAAGGAUUUUGUGUAUUUUUGUGGGUAAAAGCGUGAAAAUGUCGUUCAGUGUUGGUUCAAUUUUAAAGUGAAGUCUCAAUUGGAUGUUGAGAUUUGCCCCGUGGCACCAGCAAUUUUAGUAAAUAUCGUGGCAAAGAAGUGCACUGGAGGGUCAAACGUCGUCAUCGAGAAUUUUACAGAGAAACCUGCUGCAAUGGAUGAUAGGGAAAGAGUUAUAAGUGCGUCGGAGAUUAUUAGAGAUCGUCUGUAUUUUGUGACGCUGAAAAACAAUGUAAAGCCGAAGAACACGGCAAAUACCGUUUACUUCUGUGUGGACGACAUCUAUGUGUAUGAGAACUUUUUCUGGGAUUUUGGUCCCCUCAAUAUUUGCCAUGUUUAUCAAUAUUGUCAGACGAUGGAGGCGAAAUUGUACUCAAAGUAUCUGGCACGCAAGAAAAUUGUCCAUUACACAAAUUCAACACCACAGAAACGUCUCAAUGCGGCUCUCCUCAUCGGUGCCUACAUGAUUAUGUACCUAAAGAAACCACCAAAUGAGGCUUAUGAUAUAUUGACAUCUGGAGAGACUCCUGCUUACAUCAAGUUUCGCGAUGCAUCAAAUAUGACACCAUUGUUUGAGAUAAGCCUAAAGGAUUGCCUGAAAGCCAUUGAUAAGGCUAAGAAGUACAAUUUUGUGGAUUUCACUGAUUUCAAUGUUAUGGAGUAUGAAUAUUACGAGCGCGUUGAGAAUGGUGAUCUCAAUUGGAUCUUGCCAGGAAAAUUUCUUGCCCUAUGUGGACCCCAUCGGAUUGCUGGAAUAGUCAAGGGAUACCCACAGCAUUCACCAGAAUCCUACUUUGACUACUUUCGCCGGAAUAAUGUGCAAAAUAUAAUUCGAUUGAAUUGCAAGUCGUACGAUGCAAAACAAUUUACCGAAGCGGGUUUUAAGCACAUUGAUAUGUUUUUCCCAGACGGAAGUUGUCCCAAUGAUGCAAUCAUGAAGCAAUUUCUGCAGUAUUGCGAAUCGACGCCUCAUGCUGUGGCUGUGCACUGCAAAGCUGGUCUUGGUCGCACAGGAAGUCUCAUUGGGGCGUACAUAAUGAAGCAUUAUAAAUUGAGUGCUUUGGAGGCUAUUGCAUGGUUGCGUCUGUGUCGUCCUGGAUCUGUGAUUGGGCAUCAGCAGCGAUGGAUGGAGGAAAAGGAGAGUUUUUUGUGGCAAGAGGGUGAAAAAUAUCGUAGCAAUAAGGGUAUUGAGAAUCCUAUUGUGCAUGAAUUUGGCAUUUAUAGUUUUCGCCAAUUGCUCCUGAAGGAUCGUCUUGGAACGAUAUCCCACCAAGUGGACAAUAUUAAUUUGAAUGAUAAUGAGACAAUAGAAUCGGACUUCAAUGAUAACAAGACAAACAAGAAGCCCAAUAAUGAAAAUGCAAUAUUUACAUCAAAGACGAUAGAAUCACUGAGAUCGUCUAAAACUUUGCCUAUGAGUGGGAAAACUCAAGGUGAUCACCUCAAUGAGAUUAAGGCAUCGCGAAGACGUCACUCGCGAUCGGUUAACAUUGAUCACGGAAAUCAAUCGUAUGGCAUUCACACGAGGGCUAAAUCACAGCCUUUCCAGAAUAAAUCCAUGCACACAAAUAACUUGGCACAGCGCAAGAAUGUGGCUAAUGAGGUGAAUGGCAAUAAAAGGGGCACAAAAAGUGGAUUAGAAUCUGGCGCAGUGGACAAGAUCAUUGCUAAAACAAAAUCAUUAUCUAACACACAAUCAUCAAAUGUAACCACACCACAGCAGAAUUUGGCAAAUAAUAUCUUACGUCGCACGCGAUUACUAAAAAUAAUCACUGAUAAAAGUGCUACAACCACCACCAAAGCCACAGUGUCCACGGGGAGUGUGCAGGAUGUGAGGGAUGUCAAUGACAAUGGUCCAGUGGCAACGAGAAUUGCCACACCGACAAAGAGGAAUAAGAGAUCGACGCUGGAGCCAGUGGAGAAUACGGGAGCACCAACAAAGGUGUCAAGGAGGAAUGCAGUGGCGAAUUUGCAGAAGUUAUCGGUGAAGCGGAAGGAAGAGGCAGGUGGUCAGGGUAGUCAAAGUGUUACCAGAAGUGAGGUUAAAGGUGAUUCUGGACGAUCUGUGGCCAUUAAAAAGAUAGUACAAGUGACUAUUACGAGCACUCCGAGAACCUAUCCUGGGCCACAGAGUCGCAAAUUUUAGAGAGAUUCUAUACUUUUAGUAUAAAUUAAUUUGACGUGGUUAUUUUAGUAGGACGUACUCAAACUUGCAAGUACAAAAGAAAACCUCUAACUCUCUCUCUCUCUAUUUCUAAUAAAAAUAAAUAAAUAAAUAAGUUGUUUCUGAAGGAUACAUUCAGAAAACAUAUCAAGAUUAAGGAAAAGAAGAAAAGAAAUGAAACGGAUCUCCUACAAUCUCACAUCACACUAUCGCCACGGUUUCCAGAGACUAUCAUCUUCACUUUCGGCAAAUACUUUCGUCCAUCCUCCUUUUGGGAAAUGUACCAUCAUCCUCGUUUUUUUAAAGUUUGUUCUUCAUGGGACCAACGCUAUGUUCUUCUCACUCAUCUGACGAUAUUUCAAUAUGUAACAAUAAAGAGAGACAUUUUCUUUUAUUAUGAAAGAAUUUUUAUUUUAAGUACAAUUACACAAAAAAAGUAUAAUAGAGAUAUCUAUCUUUUCUAAAAAAAAAAAAAACUAAUUUUAUACAAAAAGUUUUUCGUAUAUAAUUUUUGUUUUGUCGUGUGGAUCUCAUGGAGAUUUAAAUUGUGUCAUAAUAAUUUAUUUAAAUUCAUUGAUUAGCAUAAGAUUUAUCUAUACUAACUUUUUAGUGUCGUUUCAAUUGUCAACAAAUUGAUAACAUUUUAAUAAUACUACUUGACGAUAAGGUGAGGAUUUUCAUUAAUGUAGGACGUUUGUAUUAUGUAGGAAUUUUAAUAUUACAAGAGACAGAAAGAAAAAAAAAUAACAGAAGAUUAACUCAUGUGAUUUUUUUACGCAAUAGAUCAAGAUAAUUGAAAUAUUAAUAGUGACACCUUGUAUAUGCAUGAAAAUUCAAUUUUCUUUUUGCUAAUCUAGAGAUAAUAAAGACGUGAAAACAAUAUUGCAACACGAUCAUGAUUAAUUUUCUCAUUUAAAAUUAAGAUAAUAAAAUGCAUUGUGCUUCUCAUCCUGUUUCUUUUUUUUAAUUUUUUUUUCACCUAUUUGUCUCCCUCACUUUUAAAUGCAGUAAAUGUAAAGUUACUAAAAGUAUUUGUGUGAAAAAAGAAAAAUCUACAUUUAUCCAUAUAGCACUCUUAUAAAUUAACAAUAAGAGACAUCAAUAGCAAUGUAAUUAGACAUUAGGAGUUAGAAAACUAAAAAAAAGAGAUAAAAUUGUGUAAUUUUAGUGAUUGAGAAAAAUUUAUAAUUUUAUUAUGUAUUAAGUGUUGAAUCUAUAAUAUAAAUUUUAUUACUUCA